AUGGCCGCCGCGAAGCCAGAACUUCCUGGCCAGAUGCUUGCCCUAGAGGAGCAUAAGCGGGGGAGGAAACGGCCUAGGUCAAGUUCUGGCUCAAACGGUAUGCCUCAAAAUGAAGCAGCGCGGAAAGCGAGCCUUGAGGGCCUGGAGGAUGCUCUAGGUUCGAUCAGACCAAGAGGAUAUCAAAGAGAGAUGCUGGAGGCGAGCAUAAAACAGAAUAUAAUAGUCGCGAUGGACACUGGCAGUGGAAAGACUCAAAUUGCUAUUCUUCGCAUUAGACACGAACUAGAAAGGUGUUCAAAUGACAAGCUCGUAUGGUUUCUGGCUCCAAGAGUACCCCUUGCAGAGCAACAGUACAGGGCCAUUUCCGAACAGCUCCCUGCCUAUCAGACGAAGAUCCUGACCGGAGCAGACAACUUAGAACGCUGGUCCACACAGCAGAUUUGGGAUGCUUUUCUGCUAAAUACCCGAAUUGUGGUAUCAACACCCCAGAUUCUUCUAGAUGUGCUGUCCAAUGGCUUCAUUACCUUACGGCGAAUAGCAUUGCUUGUUUUUGAUGAAGCACACCAUUGCGUCAAGGCCUCGCCAGAAAACAAGAUAAUGAGAAAUUUCUACCAUGCCCGUAUAGACCAGCUCAGUGAGACAAAUGAUCUCCCGUCCAUUCUCGGCCUUACUGCCAGCCCCACUUCUAAAUUAAUCGAAGAUUCUCUGAGUCGCCAGUGUGAAUGCAGUUUGCUCAUGGAAAGUAGACAACUGGAGCAAAAUCUCGAUGCUUUCUGUAAAACACCAGCUAUUCACCGGGAAGAGAUGAUGCAAUAUGUGCAUAUACCAGAACUACGAAAAAUUUCGUACCAGAAAGACUCGAUAAUACCUCACAAUAUGAAAGUGAAAUUUCUGCAUAUGCUGGAUGACAUAGACAUCGAGAGCGACCCGUUUUUUCAGAGGUAUAAAGGGAAAACAGACAGCAAAAGCACAGAGAGGUUCCUGCGUGCUCUUGCCCGGAAAACCCCUGGCCUUGAUCAGCUGAAGCGAUGCUUCACUAAGGUUAGCCAUAUGUACGGCGAGCUUGGACACUGGGCAUCGUCGGCGUUUAUCUCUGAGAUAUACCGACGGACCCGCGAGGAAAGGGCCAAGCUCGUUGACCAUAGUUGGUCUGAAUGGGAUAGAGAUGACUCCUCCUUCAUGUGCAAUGCAUUGGAGCCUGUGGUUGCGAUCAUGGGUGAAAGAUGCUGGAAUUCAACCCCUGAUGCGGUUUCACAAAAGGUUGAACAUCUGGUAGACCUUUUGUCAUCAGAACUUACAGGUUCUUCAAGGGGCAUAAUCUUCGUUGAGCAAAGGGCAACGGCGGUUAUGCUCUCCCAUCUAAUCUCCCGUUACCCAGAGCUUGCACACAUAAAGUCAGAUUAUUUCCUAGGGAACUCUGCCUUUUCUGCCAGGAAGGCAGAUCUUACUGAGCUCAGCAAGCCAGGAGACAUGAAGAAUUCCAUAGAUGACUUGAAAUCUGGCAAAAAGAACUUACUUGUUGCUACCUCUGUCCUUGAAGAAGGCAUAGAUGUUUCCGCAUGCGACCUUGUUGUAUGCUUUGAUCCCCCGAAACAGCUACGCUCCUUUGUUCAAAGACGGGGUAGAGCAAGAAAGAAGAGCUCGAAAUUUGUUAUAUUUUAUGCCGAAGAUGAUACUGCGACAUACAAGGACUGGGAAGCUAUGGAGGAUAUCAUGAAAGAAAGGUAUUUAAGCAACAAGGAGUUUAUAGACAGGCUCCGGGAAGAGGAUGAUGAAGAGGAAGUCGAAUAUGAAAGCCUUAGAAUAGAAUCAACCGGGUACGGUGUUACCCCUGGGCUGCUUUUGUGGGAUUGCUUGCUGACUAUUUAUUAUACUGUCAGGGCGUUAUUAACCCUCGAGAAUGCUCGCGCGCACCUUUCCCACUUCUGCUCAACAAUACCUUGUGAAUUCACAGAUACUCAGCCGGACUUCAUCAUCUCUAAGACCGGAAUUAAAGACAUGCUAACCGCCAAAGUAUUGCUCCCCACAGUUCUAGAUCUCCAAUUUCGUGAAUUUGAGGGAAUUCAAGCAUGGAAAAGAGAGAAAAUGGCCAAAAGAGAUGCCGCAUUUCAAGCAUACCUGCAGCUUUACAAGGCCAGUCUGGUUAACGACCACUUGAUGCCUGAACACUGCCGUACCACCGACGAAGAAACAGCACAUAUUGAAAAACGUUCUAGCAUGACAACGUGCUCCGAGGUGUUCAACCCCUGGAAAAUGGUUGCUGAUCGAUGGCACAGUACAGAUACCUUCUAUCAGAGCAGUAUCGUCAUUUCCUCUGGAACGGAGGAGCUACCAAAAAUGAUACUAAUUCUACCAAUACCCCUCCCAUGCGAUUUUACUGUUAAGCUAUUCUGGAACGAGACAAGCACUCUUUCAGCGUCAGUUUCACCGCAAGAAUUGACCGUGUCGGACGAGGAUAUUGUCUCAGCCCCACUAGCUACACAUAUCCUUCUAUCCUCUGUGUUCCCAUCUAGAAUGAACGGAACUUCUCGUGAUUUCUCUUGCAUAUUUGUCCCCGAACUUGCCAGAGGGCAUGGAGGGCAUGAAUCAUGGUGCACUAAAGUCAAUAAGUCCAUUUUGGGACGGGACAUUGAGAGCGGCGGCUUGGGGUCGAUUGGAGAUUUUGGCCUUGCAAGGCGAACUGAUAUCUAUGCUAGGGCAUGGGUAGCAGAAAGAUUUGUAUGGAUGAAACGCGUCAGAGAAGAAGAUGACAGUGAGUCUGUAGAGGACGAAGAGGAAGAGGGAGAGAUACUGCAUGUCGAAGGAGAAAAGUGGCCGAAGAGGGCUGAUUUCUUGCAUCCCGUCGCCAACUCGACUGGCUCUAAACCACAUCACACUGCGAGGAACUGUAUUCCAGCUAGACAAAGCUGUAUAUCCAUGUUACCUGUCGGGUUCGCAAAAUUUGCACUCUUCAUCCCAUCCCUGAUACACACAAUUGGGCGCUACUUGCUGGCCGAGGAACUCUCAAAAACUAUACUGUCGCCCAUAGGAUUCCAGAAUAUUCAGCUAGUGCUGACCGCAAUCACUGCCACCUCAGCAAGGGAGGAUACCAACUAUCAACGCCUGGAAUUUCUUGGAGACAGUGCUUUGAAGCUGCAUGCAUCUAUGCAGCUUUUGGCAGAGCAUCCACUCUGGCAUGAGGGGAUAUUGUCGAAAAAGAAGGACUCCAUCGUAUCCAACUCUCGACUUUGGAAAGCUGCGGUAGACACGGGACUGGACCAGUUUAUCCUUACUACGUGCUUCACGGGUGCAAAAUGGCGACCGCUAUACAACAGCACGUACACGAACAAUGCGGGGAAAAUUGGAGAGAAAUCCACCCGGAAAUUGUCUACAAAGACCCUUGCAGAUGUUGUGGAAUCAUUAAUUGGGGUCGCCAUUAUCGAUGGGGGAGAGAACAAAGUGCUACGUUGCCUAGAGCUAUUUCUCCCCGAAAUCAACUGGCUACCGUCUGGGGAGCGCAUUGAAAUUCUCUACGACUCCGCACCGGACUUCAACGACGAUUGCCCCCGCGAUAUUCUGUCGAAGAUAGAACCCCUGAUCGAUUACUCGUUUACGAAAAAGGCCCUCCUGGCCGCCUCCCUGUCGCAUCCCAGCAAUCCAAUUAGUGGGAUGACGUAUCAGAGGCUCGAGUUCCUCGGAGAUUCGAUUCUGGACAACAUCGUUACGAGGGCACUGUUCCGCUGCAAAAGAGAGAUUCCUCAUCAAGAUAUGCACCUGAUACGCACUGCAUUGGUCAACGCCGACUUCCUUGCUUUCCUAUGCAUGAACACGUCCACAGACGAAACGCGGGAAGAUGUCUGUGUGUCUCCAACCGGGGAGGUAGAAGUCACCUCGUCUACCCGCCAAGUGUCCCUGUGGCAGUAUAUGUCGCAUUCAAGUACGGAUAUCGUUGAGACCCAGCAGGCCAUGGCCCGCACUUUUGAGGAGUUACGAGACCAGAUAGAAAAUGCGUUGCGGUCAGGUGCUAGAUACCCCUGGACUUUACUUUCGACGCUCAAUGCACCCAAGUUCUUUUCGGAUAUUAUCGAGAGUAUCCUGGGCGCAAUAUUCAUUGACUCACGCGGCUCGAUACUAGCAUGUCAAAAGUUUCUUACACGCAUUGGUCUGAUGGACUAUCUCCAGCGUGUUCUCGAAGAUGAUGGUAUUGACUUUAUGCAUCCGAAACAACGUCUCGGCGUAGUGGCUCAGUCCCUCAGUGUGCAGUACGUUGUGUCAGAGGUUCACGUGAAACCCGGGGUUACACAAUGGAAGUGUCAGGUCCUGGUAGGGGAUGAGGAGAUAUCUCGAGUUGACGAUGGCGUAAGUCAAAACCAGGCCAGGGCGAAAGCAGCGGAUCUUGCCCUUGAAGUGCUGCGCACGAAGAAUUAA